AUAUAAGAAAGAUAAGUAAAAUAGAGGCACUAAGAGGCAAAAUCAAUCUAGUAAAUUAAAAAAAAUAAUGUAAAAUGGAGGCGUGGAGAGGCAGGGCGCGGUACAGUUGGCACGCCUGGCCCCACCUGGACACACGAAGAUGGAGGACGCCCCGGAAUUUGGAACGGAAAAGCUCCGUCGGGCAUGGACCACGACGGAGGCCAACCCCCACGACAUGGAGGCGUGGAGUCUCAUCAUCCGCGACGCCCAGAACCGAUCCAUCGAGUCAGCGCGCGGCAUCUUCGAGCGCCUUGUGACCACCUUCCCCACCACCGGCAAGUUCUGGAAGAUGUACAUUGAGCAAGAGAUGAGGUCUUAUAAUUUUGAAAAGGUGGAAAAGUUGUUCCAGCGAUGUCUCACCAAGGUCCUCAACAUCGACCUCUGGCGCCUCUAUGUUACCUACGUCAAGGAAACCAAGUCCAGCCUCCCCACCUACAGAGAGAAGUUGUCCCAGGCGUACGAGUUUGCCAUCGACAAGAUCGGAAUGGACUACAAUUCCUACACGCUCUGGAACGACUACGCAAACCUGCUCAAGAAUGCUGAGGUUGUGGGCUCCUACGCUGAGAACCAGAAGAUCAUGGCAGUCCGAAAGGUUUAUCAACGUGGUAUCGUCACCCCCAUGGCUAAUAUCGAACAGCUCUGGCGCGACUACUUGGAGUUUGAGAAGAAUAUUAACCCGAUUAUCGCCGAGAAGAUGAAUAUUGAGCGAGGGCGGGACUACAUGAACGCACGGAGGGUCGGCAAGGAGCUGGAGGCGGAGACGAGGGGGUUAAACCGUCACCUGCCCAGUGUCCCGCCCUCGGCCCUACCGGAGGAAAUUAAACAGGUUGAGAUCUGGAAGCGCUACAUCAGGUGGGAGAAGGACAACCCCCUGCGCACUGACGACCAGACGCUAGUUACCAAGAGGGUGCGCUUCGCUUACGAGCAGUGCCUCCUCUGCCUCUCCCACCACCCUGACAUCUGGUACGAGGCCGCCCUGUUCCUGCAAGAGUCCUCAAAGCUGCUCUCGGAAAAGGGGGACGUCAACGCGAGCAAGAUCUUCAGCGAGGAGGCGGCGCAGAUCUACGAGAGAGCCAUUUCUGGGCCGCUGCGGAAGAACCAGCUACUCUACUUUGCCUACGCUGACUUUGAGGAGUCCCGCCUACGCUACCCGGAGGUCCACAAGAUAUACCAGAGAUACAUCGAAAUGGAGGACAUCGACCCCACACUGGCGUAUCUCCAGUACAUGAAGUUCGCCCGACGCGCUGAGGGUAUCAAGUCCACGAGGGAGGUGUUCAAGAAGGCGAGGGAGGACAUUCGGACGCAGUUUCACGUGUACGUCGGCGCGGCGCUGAUGGAGUACUAUUGCACCAAGAACAAGGACAUCGCUUUUAGGAUCUUCGAGCUCGGCCUCAAGAAGUUCCCCGACAAUGCGGACUAUAUCAUGGCCUAUGUGGACUACCUCUCCCAUUUAAAUGAGGACAACAACACGAGGGUUCUGUUCGAGAGAGUCCUGACAUCUGGGCAGCUCAAGAACGAGGACACCGUUGGCCUCUGGAACCGCUUCUUGGAGUUCGAGUGCAACGUGGGGGAUCUGGCAUCAAUCGUGAAGGUGGAGAAGCGAAGAGCGCACGUCCUACAGAAGCUGCAAGAGUUUGAGGGUAAGGACACGGCGCAGCUUGUCGACCGCUACAAGUUCAUGGACCUCUACCCCUGCACACCAGCCGAGCUAAAGGCCAUCGGGUAUCGGGACAUCUCGACACACGCUAUGAUCAUCAACCCCAACAUCCCCCGCGGCCUGUCCAUCCACGACUCACAGGAACCAACCUACUUGCGGCCGGACUUCUCACAGAUGAUCCCCUUCAAGCCCAAAGCAAAGUACAUUCCUGGAGAGCACCCGGUGAAAGGAGGUGCCUUCCCGCCUCCUCCAGCCGUGGCCAACCUGCUGUCACUGUUACCACCUCCCAAUUGCUUCCGGGGACCCUUCGUCAAGCUGGAGGCUCUGGUUGACCUCUUCAUGCGUCUCAACCUUCCCGAACAAGGAGGCCAAUGGUCGACCACGGGGAGCCACGACGUCCGCCUCUUCGAGCUCUCCAAGUCAGUGCAUUGGGUGGUGGACCCCAGCGGCGAUCGCAAGAGGAAACUCAUCGCCACAGAGGAUUCAGACGACGAGGACGGCAACAAACCCGUCCUGACCAGCGACAUCUACCGAGCCAGGCAGCAGCGGAAGAUGAGAUGAACGCAGCCUCUAUUCAUCCUCCUCCUCUUUUGCCAUAUUUUAGUGCGUUGAUAAGAUGCUGAAAUUCGUCAUACAUGUACUAGGGUGGCUUCCAGUGGUCCAUAUCAGCUGCAUCAAGUUCAUGUCCUGGUACUGUGUUGAUGAGAUGAGAUGAACACAGCCUCACUUGAUCAGCCUUAUCUCAUCCCAUAUCUUAAUGCAUUGAUAGGAUGCUAAGAUUUGUCAUACAUAUACUAGGGUGGCUUUCAUGGGUCCAGGUCACCUACAUUGAGAAAUAUUUGAGGCAUUGAUGAUGUGGCACUCUGUUGAUAGAAUGCAAAAGUUUGCUAAAGACAUACUAAGGUGGCUUUCAUGGGUCCAGAUCACCUGCAUUGAGAAAUAUUUAAGGCAUUCAUAUCCUGGUACUGUGUUGAUAAGAUGAGAUGAACACAGCCUCAUUUGAUCCUCCUCUCUUGCCAUAUCUUAGUGCGCUAAUAAGAUGCUAAAAUUUGCCAUACAUGUACUAAGGUGGUUUUCAUGGGUUCAUAUCACCUGCAUUGAGAAAUAUUUGUGGCAUGUCCUGGUACUGUGUCUAGAGAUGAGGUUGUUUUCUCACUUUCCUGUUACUAAAGGUGUUUUUGCGCCUAUAAAGUGAAGGAUCAGAUCUUACAGGUGGAGAUUGUAGAUGUUAGUAGGUGAUGCUGGUAAAUUCAGUGCUAAAAGAAGAUGAGACAGCUGAAUAUGACCAACAAAAAGUAUUCAUAGCAGGAGAUUGUAAAUGCAAGUAGGUGAUUCUGGCAACUUGGGAGCUAAAGAAUGAAGAAAUCACUGAAUAUGACCAAUAAAGGGGAGUUUCAUCUCUCUUGCAGUGGCUGUGAAGUGUGGGAGCACUGGGUUUGUUGGCUUCGUUAUGGCACAAAGUAAAGGGUUGGAAGCAGCCUCCGUUUAUAGCACAAGUGAUCACCAGGGAAUAGACAAGGCUGGUGUGGAGUUUUGCAGACUUUUGUUUAGUUUUACCUUAUGAUUGAGUCCAAAUAGCAUACCAGGGAGCUUCACCCUCUUCUUUUUUUUAUGGCACAAGUGAUCGCCAGGGAACAGAUGAUGCUGCUGUGGAUUCUUGCAGACUUUCGUACAGUUUUACCUUAUGAUUGAGUCCAAAUAGCAUACCAGAGAGCUUCACCCUCUUCUUUUUUUUAUGGCACAAGUGAUCGCCAGGGAACAGACAAUGCUAAUGGUAGUGUGGAUUCUUGCAGACUUUCGUACCAUAUUACCUUACGACUGAAUCCAAAUAGCGUACCAGAGAGCUCCAGCCUCCUCGUACCACGUGUCAAGCUUAACAACAAUAGGACAAAAUGAGUUUUUCACCGAACUAUCAAUUAUUUUUAAACCAAUUGGAAAAAAAUUGUUUCCAUACGAGAAUUCUAGACGAAAAAUCACUCAUCAUGAUUCUAAUUUCUUUAUUCAUAUCUUCCUAUGCAGCCUAAUUUACAGAAGAUGACUUUAUAUUUAGAUCUAAGUUUAUCUUCUCAUUGAUGCAAGUAUAUUCAGAAUUUCCGAUGCACUUUAAUUCUACUUACACCAGGACAGUCAUGCAGUAAUCACAUGACCUAUUAUCAACAUGCAGAAUUAUUCCAAAGUGUCGCAUGUUACUGUGUUGGACGCCUCAUGAAAAUAAGUUUAUUGAUUUUAAGAACUCUUUGUUACAUGUAUUAUUAUAUGUCACGAAAAGAUAUAUUUUUGCCUUCAUUUUAAUUCACGGUAUUCAUGCUCAAGAGUACAAACAAGAUAUCAGUGUUUAGGGGUUUGUAAAUAUAUAUGUGUGUGUGUGUUUGUGUAUAGUGGAAGAAUGUGUUGUAGUGUGUGUGUGUGUGUGUGUGUGUGUGUGUGUGUGUGUGUGUGUGUGUGUGUUUCGUAACUGCAAAUGUAUUACGAUUAUGCGACAAAAAGACAAAGUAUAACAAUCAUGAAGUAUGUAUGUAUGUAUAUAAUGUAACUACGAAACCAGGAAAAGAAUGCAAAUGUUAUACUGAUGCAGAGACACAGCUAAGAAUACUAUAGUCAUCCCUCUUCUAGCCAGUGUAUGUAUGUAUGUAUAUAAAUUAUGUAUGUGUAUGUAUUGUCCAUUAUUUUUACAUUCAUACAGAAAAACGAAUAGCAAAGGCUUGUACCUGACUGUGUGUGGCAAGACUGCAGUAUAGUAAUUGUGUCCUUUGUGAGAAGAUAAUCAAUAAAAGUGGUUCAAGAAUGUGA